GAAUUGACAUUUUGGUGAAUAAUGCCAGUGCUAUUAGCUUGACCAACACAUUGGAAACCCCUACCAAGAGAGUGGACUUGAUGAUGAACGUCAACACCAGGGGCACCUACCUCACAUCUAAAGCAUGUAUUCUCUUAAAAAAGAGUAAAAUUGCUCAUAUCCUCAAUCUCAGCCCACCCCUGAACCUAAAUCCAGUUUGGUUCAAACAGCACUGUGCUUAUACCAUUGCUAAGUAUGGUAUGUCUAUGUGUGUGCGAAUGGCAGAAGAAUUUAAAGGUGAAAUUGCUGUGAAUGCCUUGUGGCCCAGAACAGCCAUACACACAGCUGCGAUGGACAUGCUGGGAGGGUCUGGGGUCGAAAACCAAUGUAGGAAAGUUGACAUCAUUGCAGAUGCUGCAUACUCCAUCUUCAAAAAGCCAAAAACUUUUACUGGCAACUUUAUCAUUGAUGAAAAUAUCUUAAAAGAAGAAGGAAUAAAAAAUUUUGAUGUCUACGCAAUCACACCAGGUUAUCCUUUGUUACCUGAUUUCUUCUUAGAUGAACACCCAGAUGUAGUGAUGAAGAAAAAGGAAUCACAUAGUCCUGUGCCAGAAUUAAAAGAGAAGCCUCAGCCACAACAACCAAAAGCCCGCUCUGGAGCUGUGGAAGAAACAUUUAGAAUUGUCAAGGAUUUUCUCAAUGAUGGUGUUGUGAAAGCCACACAAGCGAUCUAUCAGUUUGAACUCUCAGGUAAAGAUGGAGGCACGUGGUUUCUUGAUCUGAAAAACAAGAAUGGGAAUGUUGGACAAGGAAAGCCCUCUGAUCGGGCAGAUGUGGUGCUGAGUAUGACUACUGAUGAUUUUGUCAAAAUGUUUUCAGGGAAACUAAAGCCAACAAUGGCCUUCAUGUCAGGAAGAUUGAAGAUUAAAGGAAACAUGGCCCUAGCAAUCAAAUUGGAAAAGCUAAUGAGGCAGAUGAAUUCCAGACUGUGA